UAGACGGUCAUAUAUAUAACCCAUUUGAUUUAUAUCGGUUCUUAUCUUUCUUACAGUUUUAAAUAUUAAUCAAUGAUAAAUAAAUAUGGUAAAAAGGUGCGAAGUUUCUGGCUGCCCUGUUAGGCAAGGUAAAGGGUUACGAUUAUUUUAUUUUCCAAAAUGUGAAAAGCGACGUUUACUUUGGCAAUCUUGGAUAAGAGUCAACCGACCUGGAUGGAGCCCUAAAACGAAUAGCCGCAUAUGUGAGUUGCACUUUGCUCCAAAUUGUUACGAAAAGCGACAGGAUGGGAAGAAAAUAUUGAAAAAUACAGCUAUACCCAGUUUGCAAGAAGAGUCAUUAGAAAACAUUGAAAAUGCAGAGCAUUUAAAGUCAUUACCGGAAAGAUUUCAAACUUCUGAAACUAGAGUUUGUUUAUCAGAUGUAACCAAUUUUUUAGAAGCGAAGAAAUCAGCUGUUUUACAUGAUUCAGAUUAUUUAAAUUGUUCAACAUCUGCUUCAUCAAAGAUAUUGCCAUCUCAAGUGUCUUCUAUUACAGACUCUAUAGCAGAUAAAGAAAAUACUGAAAAUUCACUUAUGUGGUUUGCACAUUUGUGCUCACAGUUCGGAUCAAUUAAUAAUGUUUCUUCAAGUCAUUCUAAUUCCUUUUUAAAUGAGUCUAUGCCAAUAGAAGUUACACAGUCGCUCUUAUCCUGUCCAGUUAACAAUUCUUCUGGUACAGCUGUAGAAAAUGACAAAAGUAUGAUACAGUCUAGCCUAACAGAAAAUGUCAGUACUCAAACAAAUAUAUUUGAAUGUGAUAAUGUCAGCACUCAAACAAAUACAUUUAAAUGUGAUAAUGUCAGUACUCAAACAAAUACAUUUCAAUGUGAUAAUGUUUCUGUUUCUACUGAUAAUUCUGUAACAAUCAUUGAAACAUUGAAGAAAGAGAUAGUUGAGAAACAUAAGAGAAUUGAAACCUUUGAAAAGCAGCUUGAUAUUAUCAAAAAAAGUACCGAGAAAGUUUAUAAAAUGUAUUUUGACACUAAACGCAAGUAUGCAGCUCAUUACAAACAAGUAAAACGCUUGAAAGAAAAUAAAAACAAGAUUUAUACUAUUCUUCGCAAGAAGCUGUAUCCAGAUCAAAUAGAAGCUUUAAGAAGAAAAUCAAAUAAUGGAUUGAAGUGGAGCUCAGCUACUAUAAAAGAUGCUCUUGUCUUUAAAAUGAAAUGGGGAACACAGGGUUAUACCGAUUUUGUUAAGCACCUUCCUAUUUAUCCUAGCAUUCGAACACUGCAGAGACAGUUAUAUCAUUUAAAAUUUAACAGUGGUAUUCUACUUGAAGUGUUCGACAUGCUAAAAUCUGAAGUACCUGGCAUGGUCACAGAAGAAAGAGAAUGUGUGAUGGUUCUUGAUGAAAUGGCAAUAAAACCUGGUGAAGUAUUUGAUCCAUCAAUACAAAGAAUGAUUGGAUUCUGCACUUUUCCUACACACUCAGGAAUUGCAACAAAAGUUUUAGUCAUUUUACUGGCAGGAAUUACUCGUCGAUGGAAGAUCACUGUUGCUUAUUAUUUUACCGGUACGACAGAUUCCGAAUGCAAAGCACAAGAUGUAAAUGCUACGGGAAAUGCACUGAAGAAAAUCAUCCUCAAUUUAAUUGAAAAGGCAGAAAAUAUUGGUCUGCGUGUCAACGCAGUGAUCAGCGAUAUGGGCAGUGACAACAAAGCCAUGUGGAAUGCAUUCGGAGUUGGAUGUACCAGAAAAAAUGUAAAAGCAAACAUUAUGCAUCCUGUUAGACCAACGAACAAAUUAUAUUUCAUUCCCGAUCCAGUACAUCUGUUUAAGAAUAUUAAAAAUAUGUUAGAAAGUAAUAAAACUAUUCGUUUAUCUGCAGAUAUCUGUGCCACUGAAAAUUUAUCUAAUUCUUUAGUAGAUAUUCAACAUAUUGAAAUAUUACUUCAUCAUGAGA